AAAUUCCCCGGGCGCACUCCAGUCUAGGGUUGCGAGCGAGCGAGCGAGCGAGCGGGGCGGUGGGAGAGCGAGGGAGGGCAAGCGACGGCCCUCGCAGGUGCCAUGGCGUCUGCAUCAACGAUGGAGGCCCCCAUUUGUCUGGUGGAAAACUGGAAAGGGCAGCUGAUGGUAAAUCCGGAGGCCAUAAGGAUUCUUGAGAAGAUAUCUCAGCCUCUGGUGGUGGUGGCCAUUGUUGGUUUAUAUCGUACAGGAAAGUCCUACCUCAUGAACCGUCUUGCAGGACAGAACCACGGCUUCUCCUUGGGCUCCACAGUGCAAUCCAAAACCAAGGGCAUCUGGAUGUGGUGUGUGCCUCACCCCACUAAGCCAACCCACACCCUGGUCCUUCUGGACACGGAGGGCCUUGGUGAUGUAGAAAAGGGUGACCUUAAGAAUGACUCCUGGAUCUUCGCCCUGGCCGUGCUUUUAAGCAGCACCUUGGUCUACAACAGCAUGAGCACCAUCAACCACCAGGCCCUGGAGCAGCUGCACUAUGUGACUGAAUUAACACAGCUAAUCCGGGCAAAAGCCAACCCCAGAGAGGACAAAGUAGGGGACUCUAGUGGGUUCGUGGGUUUCUUUCCAGACUUCAUCUGGGCUGUUCGAGAUUUUGUUCUGGAGCUGAAGUUAGAUGGACGCGUCAUCUCGGAAGACGAGUACCUGGAGAAUGCCCUGAAGCUCAUCCCAGGAAAGAAUCCCAAAGUCCAAAAGUCCAACAUGACCAGAGAAUCUAUCAGAUAUUUCUUUCCAGUACGGAAGUGCUUUGUCUUCGACCGACCUACAAGUGACAAAAACUUAUUGUUCCAAAUUGAAAAGGUUCCAGAAAACCAACUGGAAUGGAAUUUCCAGGAGGAAUCAAAAAGAUUCUGUUCCUACAUCUUCACCAAUGCGAAGAGCAAGACUCUGACAGGGGGGAUUGUUGUCACGGGAAAUCGGCUGGGGACUCUGGUGCAGACCUAUGUGGAUGCCAUCAACAGCGGGACUGUGCCGUGUUUGGAGAAUGCGGUGACGACCCUGGCUGAGCGUGAGAACUCCAUAGCUGUGCAGAAGGCAGCUGACCACUACAGUGAGCAGAUGGCCCAGCGAGUGAGGCUCCCCACGGACACGCUCCAGGAGCUGCUGGAUGUGCACGCAGCCUGCGAGAAGGAAGCCAUUGCUGCCUUCAUGGAGCACUCCUUCAAGGACGAUGAGCAGGAGUUCCAGAAGAGGCUCAUGGCCACCAUAGAGGAAAGGAAGGAAGCUUUCCGGCAACAGAAUGAAGCAGCAUCUGUCAGUUACUGCCAGGAUGAGCUGGAGAAGCUUUCAGAGACCCUGAGGGAGAACAUCUCACGUGGAGCCUUCUCUGUUCCCGGGGGACACAGCCUCUACUUAGAAGCCAGGAAGAAGGUUGAGCGGGACUAUGAGCGAGUGCCCAGGAAGGGAGUGAAGGCAAAAGAGGUUCUCAAGAGUUUCCUACAGUCUCAGGCUACUAUGGAGAACUCCAUCCUGCAGUCAGACAAAGCCCUUACAGAUGGAGAGAGGGCCAUAGCAGCUGAGCGGACAAAGAAGGAAGUGGCUGAGAAGGAACGAGAGCUGCUGAGACAGAAACAGAAAGAGCAAGAGCAAGUGAUGGAGGCUCAAGAGAGAAGCUUCCGAGAAAACAUUGCUAAACUUCAGGAGAAGAUGGAGGAGGAGAAGGAGAAGUUGUUGAAGGAGCAGGAGAAGAUGCUGGAGCACAAGUUGAAGGUUCAACAAGAACUGCUUAUUGAAGGAUUCAGAAAGAAAUCUGAUAUGUUAAAGAAUGAAAUUAGUCAACUGAGAGAAGAGAUGGAGAGAACUAGGAAAAAAUCCUCACUGUUUGGGCACAUCCUUAGCACAGUUGGUGAUGCUUUCAUUAUGAUUUUACCAGGAGCUGGUAAAAUAUGCGGCGCAGGGCUGAAAGUCCUCAGCUCACUUAUGCCAUAGUCUGAGAGCUACUGGGAAGGAAUUUAUAAAAACUGGGAUUCUAUUAUUUUGAUACCAUAACUCUGUGCCUUUUUUUAAAUACAUGUACUAAUUGAAUAACCACUGUUAUGUAUGGGGUCAGAAUUUCCAGUGUUAUAUAAGAGGUCAGAACUCCCAUUAUUAGUUAGAUAAUCAGUUGUGGUUUCAUUGGAAUUGAGAGUAAGUGUCAGUUCAAUAACAGUUGUACUCUCAAGGUUAAAAAUACAAACCAAUGGUUAAAGAGUAUAAAGGUCUGACAUCCAUAAAUCCCAUCAAAUUUCACUGGCAGAAUCUAUAAUAAAGUUAGAAAGCACUCAGAAUAUAGUAAAGUUAUAUCUAAAAAAGAUGUAAGUAAAUCAAAAUAAACACGGCCCAAUGGAGAAACAUCAGCAACUGCAACCCAGUUCUACAGAUAAUUCAUUGUGAAGGGCUAUUAUAGAAACUAACAAGUAGAUUUUCAUAGGACAAAGAGUGAGAAACAUGUUUGAUGGAUUGAUAAUAAAAGCUGUGCAGAUGAAAA